GGACGAUUCUCUCCAGGUGAGGGCCAACGCGGGAGUGGGCGGAGCCAGGCAGGGGCACGUGAUUCGCCGGCGGCUGGUGUGCCGGACCCCGGCCACAGUGUCGGCUUCUGUCUGUCGCGUUACCAGACGUCCCCUGAAGAGCUGCCAUGUCUGGGAAUUCUGUCUCUUCCUCAGAACAGAACAACAACUAUGAAACGAAAACAAAUCUACGAAUGUCAGAGAAGAAAUGUUCGUGGGCAUCCUACAUGACCAAUUCCCCGACCCUCAUCGUUAUGAUUGGCUUACCAGCCCGGGGCAAAACCUACGUGUCCAAGAAACUCACACGCUACCUCAACUGGAUUGGGGUGCCCACCAAAGUGUUUAAUCUUGGGGUGUAUCGGCGUCAAGCGGUCAAGUCCUAUAAGUCCUACGACUUCUUCCGGCAUGACAAUGAAGAGGCCAUGAAGAUACGCAAACAGUGUGCUCUGGUGGCACUAGAAGACGUGAAGGCAUAUCUCACGGAGGACAGUGGGCAGAUUGCGGUGUUUGAUGCUACCAAUACCACUCGAGAGAGGAGGGACUUGAUUCUGAACUUUGCCGAGGAGAAUUCCUUUAAGGUAUUCUUUGUGGAAUCCGUCUGCGAUGAUCCUGAUGUCAUUGCUGCCAACAUCCUGGAGGUAAAGGUGUCGAGCCCUGACUACCCUGAAAGGAACAGGGAGAAUGUGAUGGAGGACUUCCUAAAGAGAAUUGAGUGCUACAAAGUCACCUAUCAACCCCUUGACCCAGACAACUAUGACAAGGAUCUUUCUUUCAUCAAAGUGAUAAAUGUGGGCCAGCGGUUUCUAGUGAACAAAGUCCAGGACUACAUCCAGAGCAAGAUCGUCUACUACCUCAUGAAUAUCCAUGUCCAUCCUCGCACGAUUUACCUUUGCCGGCAUGGAGAGAGCGAGUUCAAUCUCUUGGGGAAGAUUGGGGGUGACUCAGGCCUCUCGGUGAGGGGAAAACAGUUUGCCCAGGCUCUAAGGAAGUUUCUGGAGGAACAGGAGAUAGCAGACCUCAAAGUGUGGACUAGCCAGUUGAAGAGGACUAUCCAGACCGCUGAAUCUCUGGGGGUGACCUACGAGCAGUGGAAGAUUCUGAAUGAGAUUGAUGCUGGCGUGUGUGAGGAGAUGACUUACGCGGAGAUUGAAGAGCAGUACCCAGACGAGUUUGCGCUUCGAGAUGAAGAGAAAUAUCUGUAUCGAUAUCCUGGAGGGGAGUCGUACCAGGAUCUGGUGCAGCGGCUGGAGCCUGUCAUCAUGGAGCUGGAGCGCCAGGGCAACGUCCUCGUCAUCUCCCACCAGGCUGUCAUGCGCUGCCUCCUGGCCUACUUCUUGGACAAGGGUGCAGAUGAGCUACCGUACCUGAGGUGCCCUCUCCAUACCAUCUUCAAACUUACUCCUGUGGCCUAUGGGUGCAAAGUGGAAACAAUUAAACUCAACGUGGAGGCUGUAAACACUCACCGUGACAAGCCAACUAACAACUUCCCCAAGAACCAAACCCCUGUAAGGAUGAGAAGGAACAGCUUUACGCCUCUGUCCAGUUCGAAUACAAUAAGGCGUCCAAGAAAUUACAGUGUUGGGAGCCGGCCCCUCAAGCCCCUCAGCCCUCUUCGUGCCCUGGACAUGCAAGAAGGGGCCGACCAGCCGAAGACCCAAGUCAGCAUUCCGGUGGUGUAACCGUGUGUUUCCCUCCCGUCCUGGCCUCCUGCCCUUGUCACUAAUCACCAAGGAGUCAUUUAACUUCCAACUCCCACCCCCCUGGCCCCACACCAUGAAGCUUAGCAGAGAACGUGAGGUCAUGUGUUUCCUGACCAACCUUAGCUAGUCUAUGGUGUGAGACUUCUCCCCGUGCAGGGGCAGGUUGGCUAGUUGGAUGUUUUCGGACAGGUCCUCAGUUGGGAUGGUCUGGAGGAGGAGGAAAAGGGACCCACUCUCCUGGGGUGACUGGCAGAGCUGGGGCUGGGGCUGAGCAUGCUGUGGUUCUUGUCCGUCCAUGGUGUCGAAACUCACCAAUGUCCUUGUGUUGGUAAAGUGGGGGCAGGGUGGGGGGGACACAGAAGCCCGUUUCCCCACCACCUUUGUCUCUUCAAGGUGUGCUUUACUCACAGUCCUUACCUGCCUGCUUUCUUCCCCCUCUCAUGUCCCCUUUGGAUUGCCCAGUGUGACGCAUGGCAUUGUUGUUUGUGUGUCUAGGAGGGAAGGGGCGGUGGGCCGGAGAGAAGUCUGGCCUCCGUUGAUGUUCUCUGCAGUGGGCCUAGAUGCAUCUGGACUGGGGGAGCCUUUCUUUUCCCUUCUCCCUUCCUCUCAAGCCAGGUGCUGUGAGGGUGAGCCCAGGCUAUAGAAAAUCCACAGAUGCUCUGGAGCCUGCAGGUAGACAUAGGAUGAGAGUUCUUGCCUCCUUUCAUGAGAAACAAUCCUAAAGUCUUCAGUGCCAUGUGGAAAGCUGGCUCUCGGUCUGUGUGAAAUAUCUUGGUUUGUAUUUUUCAGACAUAAGGUUCUGGGCUGCAGAGGGAUAAGGUUUAGGAGAGAGAGUAGGCUGGUCUCUAGCUCUUGCAGGGCCCUUAGAGGGCAGUCCUACCUUUUCUCCAGUGGCUCCCAGCUUCUUUGCCAACUAUAGAAACUUUCCUGCCAAAGCCAGUGACCUCUGGGACUGUUCAGAAGGACAGAAUUAAAUUCAGGAGUCACCACUGAAGCUUCAGUUGUUCAAGGGAAAGGCAGAGAAGUGUUCAUUAGAGCUGCUUCUUUUUUUUAAGUUAAAAAUUCUUUUGCAUGAGCAAUUUUUUCCCCCCAAAUGUUGGGAAAGCCUGGUGAUAAAUUAAAUCUUCCUCACUAGGGUAUUAUUUUAUCUCAUCUUGAUGUCCAGAGUAGUCUUGGAAUCCUGUGGGGUCUAGCUCUUGAGUGUUUACCUAUUUACUUGUAUCAUUUAAUUUUUUUUGCAGGGUUAAACAGGAAAUGUUUAGAGUACAGUUUCUUAGCCCCUUGGUGGCCCACGAUGGCAUACCUCCCCCAAUUGGGUAUAGAAAAUGUAUGACUAUACAUAUGUGCAUUUUUCUGAGAGGCAAGUCUAGUGUUCUCAUGAGAUUUUUAAAAGAGAAAGAGGACUCCCCACCUUAAAGUUAUCAAUCUGUCUCUUAGAGGUGAUCAGUGAGAGCAAGUUAACUAUUUGCCAAGGAUUUUUUUUUUUUUUUUGGUAAUAGGAGACCUUUUGCUGUUGUUCUCAUCUGGGAGUCUUGCUUAGACCCCCUAUAGAAAUUUUGAAAUAUACACAUGCCUGGGUCCACUCUAGGCUUAAUUCUGACUCAGUCUCAGGGAUUAGAGUCUGGACAUGCAUGUGUUUAAAUAGCUUCUCUGAUGGUUCUGAAUCUUACUCCAUACCAGAACUCCACUUUAUGAUGUUGGGUGGAGAAAUAGUAGUUCCUUGGACAAAGCAUCAACCUAGGAAUUCUGAAUUCCUCAUGAUCCUGAAAGGACAGUUCUCUGGAGUUAGAUGUGUGAGCAGAUCACAGUAUUGAAUGAAGUUACCCUCUCAUUGUUAUUUCAGGCAGCAACCUGUUCCAGCUUUAACCCUUUCAUUGCAGGGUGAUGUGGAACAAAUUACUAUAUCAUAAAUGUCCUAUGAUAAUAGCUGAGAAUUUUAAGCACUCUAGAGAGAGGUACUGAGAUAAAACUUGUGGGAUGAUAAAGGUUAUCAUCACAGACAUCUGGUUUGUGACCUUGAGUCCUUUAUUCAUACAUCCUGAGUGGGACACCACAGCCAGUUUUCAAAGGCCGCUUGCAUAGAUUCUGCUCGAAAUUGCCUUCCAGAGGUAAGGUAACUUCCUAUUCCCGUUUAGCCAUUAUAUAAUGUGUAUUUAGUGUCCAUGUUUAUGGGGCUGUGGGUUGGGUAGAGUGGUGGUGGGGAAAGGAGACACAGAAGUAGGAGAAAAGGUCCUUGCCCUGAAAAAGGUUAUUUUAGAGAAAGGGCAUAUAAUUUAUAAUAAAUGAACAUUUGCAAAAGAGGAACACACUGAGUCUGUAAAUGUGGACGUUGAAAUGGAGUAGAGAUUCCUUCUGACUUUUCUCUUGUCCUAUGUCUAUGAGACUAAAAGGGUUGGGAGGUGGGAAUGUCCCCCAGAAUGAUGGGGGUGUGUGUGGCACUUUUACAAGCUUGCCUUGUCUAGCUUUGCUUGGCUGGUGGCAUCUUUAGCUCAAAUGAGCAUUCAGUCUUGUCCUUUGCUGUGAGGUGAGAGCGAUUCAGAGCUGAUGCAUGAGAAGGAGCAUUUUGAUCCAAGACUUUGGCUUUGGGCUGUAUGCACUCUUAGCGAGAAGAGAAUUCUCUAACAAACUAGCAUUGUGUUACCCUUUUAUAAACCCCUGCAUUAGACACAGGGCACUGGGAUGUUUGUUUGGGCUCUCAGCCUGCUGAUAUUUCACCAUUCUCCCCAUGUGUUAGUUUGCUUCCCCAAGAAGAGGAGUCUGAGGUGGUCUUCUUAUUCUCAGAUUUAACUUGAGAAAUUAGAGCUUGACAAUAGCAAGGAUUUUAGCAUCAUUUGGUUUUUAGAGCAAGAUCCCUCCAGAGAACGUUCAGCAGGAAGAGGCCAGGAGAGCAUAGAGUUGAAUAGAGCUCUUAUUCCACAUUUUAGACAAGUCCUGUUCCCUAUCUUUUCUUUCCUGUCCUCCUCUCCCCUUCUUCCUUGAGUGUAUCAGUAGUAUAUACAUGUUACUAUGAUUAUGUCUCUAUCACAAAUCCUACUAAGAAGCGAUGAACUCCAGAGUACCUUUUGCUGAGGCUUUCAGUUGUGUUAUGGGAUAAAUAGGUGAAGGCUUUAGCAUUUGAUCUAUUAAUAGAAAAUGGAGAAAGGAAAAAAUCACUAUAUAUUCGAUUGUGUUUUUCCUGCUUUAAAACUGAAUAAGGAAUUCCGUGACAGAUUUGAAGAGGAAUCUAAAGUGGAUUUAGAGAACUAGCUGCUUUUCCUGUCUCUUACUCCUUAAAUUGGAAUUUAGCUCUUAUUUAUUAUAUCGUAUUGUUUUUUGCUUUUGUGUUGUUAAGGAGAUUGCUUUGCAUUCAAUUGGAAAGUAGAAUAAGAAAAUCUUUCAAAAACAUGCAUUGUGCUAGGGGUCUGCCCCAUCUCCUUGUCUCUGGUUUUUGUUUUUUUGUGUGUUGUUUUGGGCACCCUCCCCCCAACUCCCAAGAAGUUAAGAUUAGGAGUACGAGAUACCUGUAUCCUAGACUGAAUGGUUGAGUGUUUCCUGUGAGGUUCUGAGUGUUCCUCUUUGCAACCCACGUUUGAUCUUCAGAGGCACUGGCAUUUUGAAGAAACAUGAUAUAGCACUUUGGAAAUAAAUCCGUUUUGUGGUGUCUCUGUGAGAAGGAGAUCUGAGUACCAGAGAAACUUACUGAUGCUAGGGGUAGCCAAAGGACAAGGGGGAUAGUGUCUAAUAAUCGGGGGAACUCUAUCUGGGUUGUAUAGUGUUAUGCACAUUCCACUGUCUUUGUUAAGCCCAGAGGCUGUGUUGUGUCUGUUUUCCAGAAAUUUGAUAACUUUACGCAGGUUUUCCAGUAUACAGUUUGACUUGUGUUUUAAAUAUUUUAAUUUGAAUUAAAUAUUUUAAUUUUAUUGGAAUUAAAUAUUUUAAUUUGAAUUUGAUUCACAAUUGAAUCAGGUUGCAACAUUGGCACGAUUGACCUCUGACUUCCAAUCCAGGUGACACAGACGUAAGCGUGUCCAGGAAUUUAAUUUAGACUCAUCGUGUCCAGAACACUGUGUCUAGAAGUAUCUAUAUGCUGGCUGCCUGAAAGACUGUAGCCGGGUCCACAUGCUGCCUGACAGAUUCUGAUAGGGCUCCUAUGCUGACUAACCAACAGGCUCUACUAAGGUCUGUAAGCCAACAGUCUGUUUUCUGAUUGUACCAGUUGACACUGUAUGCUUGUUAUUUUGAUUCUUUGUCUAUUGCACAUGUCCUAAAAAGAAAGAAAGUAACCACUUUUCUUUAGGCGGCCGUUCUGUACACUAUGAUUUUCAAUAGACAUUUCUUUGAGAGUAGCAGCCAAAUGCUAAUCAUUUUGUAGAAAAUGAAGGUUGAACAUCACUCGUAAGGUAUUUUGUAAACUCAGCUAAGGAAAUGCCUGCUCAGAGCCUGACAUUGUUACCUCUACUUGAAGUCUUCCUAUCCAUUCCCCCAUUUCUGGGCAGGACUUCACUUUCUGAACUUUCUGUGUCCUCAGCUUCUCUGGCAUGGGCUGUAGCAUUCCAUUGGAUAAUGCUGCUGUUUUUAGUCCGGCAUCUAUUUGCCUCUUAAUCAUAAUGUAAUCAAUAAAAAUGCAAAGGAAAUUUUGGCAAAAGUAUUCUUUUCAGUAAGGCUGUCACUGGGGAUCCAUGACCUAUAUUACCUACUCAAUGUUUUUUGUAUUUGAAUUGCUUGUGUACAUUUUUUUUUCUUGUGUUGAAGUUACAAGAUCAACUCAUUCUGAUAUGGUGAUAGUUUUCCUGUGGCAAAAGCAAAGGACUGGCCGCCAGCUGUGCCCUUUGGAGGGGCUGGAAGUGGGCUGAGCACCACUGGGUUAAAUGGAAUGGACUGAAUUGGGAACUGAAGCAACAGAGCUAUCCUGGAUGUUUCCUAGGCACAGCUGUGUUGAAAGGGGGAAUGUUAAUGCUUAGCAUCCUAUUAGUCUAGUGACACUGAUAUCAAAAUACGGCACUCAGAUCCACAUAAGGUGUAAAACUGUAUUUGAAAUGUGUUUUUGUGUGUGUGUGUAGAACGGGUAAAUAAAAUUGCUGAGUAACUUGAAUCUA